AUGAAAUCCAAGUCAUUUGACUUAAAAGUAAAUUCCAUUGAAAAAAAUUCAUUGGACAGGACAGCUGAUUUUGCUGGCUUUUAUAAAUCUGCAGCUGAAACGACUAAACUUGGCGCGGAGAAACGCAAAUCUGAUGGAGUCGUGACUAAAGAAAAUAUAAAAACGAAAACGGUCAGCGUAAAACCAGAAACACCGAUUAAAAACAAAAAGCGGAACAAGCAAGAGCCGAUAGAUAUAUCGCAGAUCAACAUUGAUGGCUCUACUUUAGGCACAAGUUUUCCUCGAGCCAAUUCUGCUCAUGAAAUUAAAACUUCCACUCCUAAUUCUAAUGGUAAAGGUCACGAACAAGGUGGAAAAGUCAAGUCGAUAAUGAAGAACAAACCCCCAGUUGAACAGUCUCCAGAUAGUGCCAGGUCUCAGUUAUCCGGCGGAAAACCCAAGAAAAGGAACAAGUCUGUCAGCUUCAUGUUAGAUGAUCACGAGGAGGUAGUAGUAAAGAGGACCAAGUCUGACGACUCCAAAAUUAAUCAAAAACUUGACUCCAAUGCAACUAUUGUGAAAGAAAGGAAUAAGAAUGUCAAAAAUAUAAAAAAAUAUCAACAGUCUGAGAAGGAGAAUAAAGCUGCUGAAGUUAACAAUCAGAACAAGGAAGUUGAUAAUAGUAAAGCUACACUUGAAAAAAAAACAAGUAAGUUAAAUAAAGUAAAAAAAAAUAUUGAUGUCUCUCCUUCAGGAGAUGCUAAACAUGCUCCCCAAGAAAGUAGUAAAGAAAAAAAGAAAAUAAAAAAAGUAAAGAAACAAAUCUCACAGCAAACAGAUACAGAUGUCCACAACAAUGAGGCAUCUGCUGAAGUUAAAACAAAAAAAGGUAAAAAGACAAAAACUAAGUCUCCCCCAGCUGAAACAACACAGGCUGAGGGAGAGCCGGCACCUAAAUCCCGCAAAAAAGAAGCCAACCCUGACAUUGCUGAGGACUUGGAGAACUUGAGCAUUGGAGACAACGCACAUACACUGUCAAACCUGCUUGAUGAAAUGACUGUAGUGGAUAAAGAAAAGCGGAAAAUGUUGAAGAAAAAGUUCAAUAAGAAUAAGAAACCAAAAGGCCCUCAGAGUUCCAAGAAAGAGAAUGUGGAGAAGACUGAAGAAGUAAAGGAGAAGAUAAAGUGGAAGAAGAGGAAAUGGAACAAGGAUAAGAAGGGAGAAUUGAAUGAGGAUGGCUUGUCCAACACACUGGUUGUGGAGCACCUGCCCCUGUCUAUGAUGUUAAACUAUAAGAAGAUACUAACUGAACAUUUUGUUAAGCAUGGAGCUAUUAAGAAAAUUGGUAUUGCAGAGGUGUACCCCACAGAAGAGUCGAGGCCUGUAUUUACCACGACAAUCAGCUUCCAAAAUGAUGCUAGUGCUGAGCAGGCACUAGAAGAAAAUAACUCGUAUCUGGAAGGCAGCCGCAUCCAGGUGAAGCGGCCACUCCCCGCUACACAGACGACAGUCGUCGUCCGAUCGUAUGCAGAGCUCACUGACCAGACAAUAUGUACCACCUUCCUCGGCGCCGGCAGAAUCAGGAGCAUACGACAUUUAGUCAAGGGGAAGAAGAGUAUGGCAACAGCAUUUGUUGAAUUCGACGGACCGUCAGCUGUGGAGCGCGCAAUCAAGUUAGCCGGUGAUACCAAGAUUGGCGGGAAGAAAAUUCACUUGUCCAAGUUCGAGAUCCGUGCCAAGAAAGUGAAGAAAGAAAAGAGUGAAGGAGAUAGUGCUGCUGAUGCAGACAGCGAGGACUCUAAUGAUUAG